AUGGGCAACAAAGUGGCCAUCUUCACUGACCAGCAACUCAAUGACUACCAAGAUUGCACCUUCUUCACCAGAAAGGAGAUAUUGAGAGUGCAUAAACGCUUUAGGGACAUUCGUCCGGAUCUCGUGCCGAAACAAAUGACUGAAGGAGAGGCGUCAACGGUGAAAAUUCCACGAGAAUAUAUUGAAAAGUUGCCAGAAUUGAGGGAGAAUCCCUUCAGGAAGAACAUUUGUGAGGCAUUCUCGAGAGAUGGCCAAGGAAAUCUCACUUUUGAGGAUUUUCUGGAUCUCUUAUCAGUGUUCAGCGAACAAGCGCCACGAGAUAUUAAGAUAUUCUACGCCUUCAAGAUAUACGACUUCGACAAGGAUGGCUUUAUUGGACAGUCAGACCUGAAAGGUGUGCUGAAGGCACUCACGCGAAAUGAAUUGACUCCCGAGGAGCAUCAGCAGAUCGCUGAUAAGGUAAUAGAGGAAGCCGAUGUUGAUGGUGAUGGGAAACUGUCUGAGCUGGAAUUUGAGCAUGUCAUCCUGCGAGCGCCAGAUUUUCUCACAACUUUCCACAUUCGCAUUUAAAGAGCAUUUAAAGAGCGCCAGCAACAAGUGAGAACAGUUUUCCGCGAGUGGUUGAAAUAUUGGCUAUGCUUCUGUUACCAAAGUCAGUUGAGUUUCUACGAGCUAGAGACAGAGGCGAACUAGUGGUGUUGUUACAAUUUUCCCUCCCUUGUUGAAUUGCACGAGCAGAUGUACAAUUUUCUACCUAUUCAAUCACUGUCCCCUCGUGAUUUCCACAAGUCCGCUGAGUUCAGUGAGUUCAGUAGAGUCUACUCCUGAAAUAUUCUUUUAUAGUGCCACCAGCAACCCUUCCCGCCCAGAAAGUGCGACAGAUAUUACAUAAGUUAUGCGAAAUGGGUGGAGGUUUAGUUGUGAAACGUCUUGGAGGAAUUUACCAUAAGCCCGCACCUCGCUUUUAUCAGAUUCCUCAAUUUCCUCUGGGACAUCAGAGCGAGGCGAGAAGGCAAAAAAGGGUCUUCGAAUGGGUUUUGUGCUUGCGAGACAUUUAACACGCGUCUGGCUUCAACGGUGCAUCCCAAAGCAAUCUUGUUUUCUAUUUUUAUGUACACUCGAGACAAAAAAGUACGCGCAUUUGUGAGAAAUAUUUAGAUCUUUCUAUGGAAUCCAAUCGCCACUUGUGUUUAUCAUUGAGCGGUCGAAUGGAACAUGAAUCACUGACGACUGCUCGAGUGAUGCCGUCCGGAAGGUUACCUGCAGAGAUGUGUGAAUAAUUUAACACAGAGAACGGAAUCACUGGCAUGCAUUUCCCAUGGAUAAAAGAUGUGGCCAAUUUUUCCUCCCAAUAUCGAUCACAUUCGGGAAGCUCUCAGAGUGUGUCUUCGUCCGAUAACAUAUCGUGGCGGCAGUUAGUGCCAUGUUGCCCAACAAGGGAACAGCAAAGUGAUGAAAUCAAGGACGAAAAAUGAGGUCUUAAACGGUUUGCUUUUCCCUUCUCCUGGAAUUAUUGAUAAAUCUUAAUGGCUAUCAGAAAUUAUGAGAGGCAUCAAAAGUAUAGAAUAAAUAUAUA